AUGGGGGAUGGAGGUUACUGGGACUUUCUGGAGAAAGGGGCCCUGCAGGCGGAGCUUGAGGCCGAGAGGAGGCGGGGCCAGGCCUUGGAGGCGGAGCUUGAAGCAGAAAGGAGGCGUGUCCAGGCCCUGGGGGCGGAGCUUGAGGCCCUGAGGGGGCGUGUCCAUGCUCUGGAGGCGGUGCUUGCAGAGAAGGGGCGUGGCCAAGUCCCGGGGGAGGGGCUUGAGGCCAAGGAUGGGCAUGGCCAGGACAAGGGGGCGGAGCCACCCUCGGAGGAGUUGCAGCUCCGGGCCCGUCUCAGCGCCCUCGGACACCUCCUGACCCUGCAGGACCCCCAGGCCCCGCCCCCCGCGCAGGUGAGUGGGUGGCGCCGGAAGGUGUUCGAGCUGCUGGUGCAGGUGAGGACCCAGGAGGGCACCGAGAGGCACCUGCGGGACCAGGUGGCUGCGAGGAGCCGGCAGGUGACGCGGCUGGAGCGGCGGCUGCGGGAGGAGGGACAGGAGGUGACCUGGCAGCGUCUCCGGGCCGAGGCGGCCGAGGCGGCACUGGGGGAACUGGGACAGGCACUGGACAGGUCGGUGUCCCCUCUUUGUCACCUCCAGGGUUGUCCCCAACCCCCACCCGAGGCCACCCCAGGAGGGGACACGAAGAUGCCACCCCCUGGCAGAGUGGGCGUGGCCUUGCUGCUGUCCCACCUCCAGGCUGUCGGCUCCGCCCUCCUUGGGGACACGCCCCCAGUUGGUUCCAGUUUGGCCCAGUUUGUCCCCAUGACGUCAUCGGAGACUCAGUGACGGCAUCAAGGACUCAGUGAUGUCAUCGGGCACUCAGUGAUGUCAUCGGGAACCCAGUGAUGUCAUCGGGCACCCAGUGACAUCAUUCGGGGGGAAGUGAUGAUGUCAUUGUGGACCGGUGAUGUCAUUAUGGGGAACUGGUGGUCACUGGGACACACACACCAGUGAUAUCAUCGGGGAGAGCGGUGAUGUCACCGUGGGUCUGUGACAUCACUGGGGUCAGUGGUGAUGUCAUUGAGGGAAAAUGGUGAUGUCAUUGUGGCCCGGUGACAUCAUCGGAGGAACUGGUGACGUCGUUGUGGGUCUGUGACGCCAUCUGGGACAGCGGUGAUGUCACCGUGGGUCUGUGACGUAACUGGGGUCAGCAGUGACGUCAUCGUGGGUCUGUGACAUCACUGGGGUCAGCGGUGAUGUCAUCGAGGGGGAAAGGUGACGUCACUGGGGUCAACAGUGACAUCAUCGACGUGUGGUGACGUCACAGCAGACGGUGGUGACGUCAUCGAAGGGGAACUGGUGAUGUCACUGGAGGGCCUCAGGUGACGUCAUUGGGAAAUGAAUAAAAAAUGGGAAAUUGACAUCAAUGGGAAAUGAAUUAAAAAACCCAAAAACAAAGAAACAAAAAAUCCAACAACAACAACAACAACAACAAAAAAACCCCAAACAAAAAAAGAGUAAAAUUGAGAUUUAUUUUCUUUUGUUUUUUUUAACCCCAAACAAAGGGGCCGAUUUUAAUUGACGGAGG